AUGGCCUCCCUCCUGACUCCCCGAGCUCUCCUCGCCCAUAGCGCCCGCCGCGUCACCCGCCCGCGGUUACCCACGCGCGUCGCCCCGCUCGUGCAGCGCGCAGCCCUGUCCACGGCCAAGCACCCUUCCGGCUUCACGCCGCCGACCGACGAAGACUUGGAGGAGCUGCGGGAGCGGGUGCAGGAGUUUACGCGACGAGACAUCCCCGAGGAGGUCGCGCAGCGGACAGACCACGAGAAUGCGUUCCCCAACGACAUGUGGCCGAAGCUGGGCGAGGCCGGCUUCCUGGGCAUAACGGCGGACGAGGCGUACGGGGGCUUGUCCAUGGGGUACCAGGCGCACUGCGUGGUCAUGGAGGAGAUUAGCCGGGCGUCGGGCAGCAUCGGCCUCUCGUACGCGGCGCACUCGCAGCUGUGCGUCAACCAGCUGAUGCUCAACGGGUCCGAGGCGCAGAAGCAAAAGUACCUGCCGGGGCUGGUGUCGGGCGAGAAGAUCGGCGGGCUGGCCAUGAGCGAGCACUCGGCCGGCAGCGACGUCGUCAGCAUGAAGAGCACGGCCAAGCGCGUCGACGGCGGCUACCUGCUCAACGGCACCAAGAUGUGGAUCACCAACGGGCCCGACGCCGACUACAUCGUCGUCUACGCCAAGACGUCGCCCGACCUGGCCUCCAAGGGCAUCACCGCCUUCAUCGUCGACACCACCGCCGACGGCUUCUCCUGCGCCCGCAAGCUGGACAAGCUGGGCAUGCGCGGCUCCAACACGGGCGAGCUGGCCUUUGAAGAUGUCUUCGUGCCCGACGAGAACGUCCUGGGCCAGGUCGACAAGGGCGUGCGCGUCCUGAUGGAAGGCCUCGACCUGGAGCGCCUGGUCCUCAGCGCCGGUCCUCUCGGCAUCAUGCAAUCCGUCCUCGACCUCGUCCUCCCCUACACCCACACCCGCACCCAGUUCAACCAACCCAUCGCCCACAACCAGCUCGUCCAGGGCAAGCUCGCCGACAUGCACACCAAGCUCCAGGCCUCGCGCGCCUACACCCACGCCGUCGCCCGCGCCGUCGACAACCACCACGCCCAGAUCGCCGGGGGCGAGUGGAUCAUCCCCACCCAGGACUGCGCCGGCGCCAUCCUGUACGCCGCCGAGCGCGCGAGCGAGUGCGCCUUGGACGGCAUCCAGCUGAUGGGCGGCAUGGGCUACAUGAACGAGGUGCCGGCCGGGAGGUAUCUGCGUGACGCGAAGCUGUACGAGAUUGGGGCGGGCACGAGCGAGGUGAGGAGGAUGUUGAUUGGGAGGGUGUUUAAUCGGUUGUAUAAGCAGUAG